AUGAAGAACAACAACAAGCUCUCUGUCAGAAACCAAACCCGUUUCAAGAAAUCGUUCUUGUUGUUAAGAGAGAAGACCAUUCUGAAGAAAGCGUUAGAGCUUUCCAUUCUCUGCGACAACGAUAUUUGUGUGAUACAUUACGACCGUGAAGGAAAUCUCGUCAAUGCUUAUCCCGAGGAUCAGUCCCAAGUCAAAGACAUUCUCCAGAGGUAUAACAAUUUAAGCGACAGAGAAAAAAUCAAGAAAAACACAAAUCUUUCACAGUUCUAUAACAAGAAACUCGUUGACGAGAAGAGGAGAUCUCUUACCGACGCAGAGGAACGCAAAAGGUUCACAAAGAAAGUUGGAGCGUUCAAGGGUUCCUUGGAGGAUAAGUUACAGAUAGUAAAAGACAGGGUUCGUGACCUUCUUUAUUCGCAGGAUCAUCAGACCGAGCCAGAUCAGAGCCCUUGUCUUGAUGUUAUGUCCCAACAAAAUCACAACUUUCCGGGGUCUUCUUCUGGCUUCUUCUUCCCAAACGAGUUAUCUGAUCCAUGGAUGAAUUUUAGUCCGCACGAUCUUGAUCAACAACAAUCAUUCACGAAUCUUCUCAUGAGUGGUGAUCAUGUGUCAGCAAGUAGCGAUCAAUACCUCCUGGGCCCUGCUUCUUGCGCAACUGAUGCGUCCAACCACGAGAGCAAAUUCUCAGUCUUUCUGUUUAACCAUGAAACGGCUACUUUCACUCAACUUCCCAACUCUGCUUCUUCAAGCUUCGACCAAGGGUUGAUUGGCACUUACUGA